AUGGAAAAGGAGUCGUUCCUGUCCCCGGAAGUUGCUUCCGUUCUCAACUGUUCUUUCAUUCCUAUCAAGCUCGAUCGGGAAGAGCGGCCGGAUAUUGAUGAAGUCUAUAUGAACUAUAUUCAGGCCACAACGGGCUCUGGUGGAUGGCCCUUGAAUGUUUUUUUAACUCCAGAUCUUGAACCUGUUUUUGGAGGAACAUACUGGCCGGGUCCAUGUGGUACCUCAGUGCCAAAGGGAGGCGGCGAGGAACCCAUUACAUUCCUUGAAAUUUUAGAAAAGCUUCGGGAUGUCUGGAGUAGCCAAGAGCUGAGAUGUAAAGAAAGUGCCAAGGAUAUUACAAGACAGCUUCGAGAAUUUUCCGAAGAAGGUACCCAUCUCAGGCAGCCAGGCGCUGAAAAUGAGGAAGAUCUUGAAGUAGAACUCUUAGAAGACGCUUAUAAGCAUUUUCUCUCUCGAUACGACUCGGCUAAUGGUGGCUUUUCAAGAACUCCGAAGUUUCCAACGCCGGCAAACCUGAGCUUCCUGCUUCGUCUAGGACGAUAUCCGGAAGCAGUAUGGGAUAUUGUUGGUCGCGAAGAAUGUGCGCACGCAACAGAAAUGGUAUCAAAUACACUGAUUCAAAUGGUUCGUGGGGGCAUUCGUGAUCACAUCGGCCAUGGCUUCGCUCGAUAUAGUGUUACAGAGAACUGGAGUUUACCCCAUUUCGAAAAGAUGCUUUAUGACCAGGCCCAAUUGCUGGAUGUCUACGUUGAUUGUUUUGAAGUUAAUCGAGAGCCAGAACUUUUGGAGGCUAUCUACGAUAUUGUUGCUUAUAUAACAAGCCCGCCAAUUAUUUCUCCUGAAGGUGCUUUCUUUUCCUCGGAGGACGCGGACAGUUUCCCUACCUUGAACGACUCAGACAAGCGUGAAGGUGCUUUUUAUGUCUGGACUUUUAAGGAAAUACAGCAAAUUUUAGGUCAACAGGAGGCAGAUGUUUGUGCGCGCUAUUGGGGUAUUCUUCCGGAUGGAAACGUUGCUCGUGGAAACGAUCCGCAUGAUGAAUUCAUCAAUCAAAAUGUAUUGAGCAUUAAAGAAACGCCUGGCAAAAUUGCCAAAGAAUUUGGGUUGAACGAAUGUGACGUCCUUAACAUGAUCAAGUCAUCAAAAAAAAAACUCAAAGAUUUCAGAGAAGCACAUAGAGUUAGGCCUGACCUAGAUGAUAAGAUCAUCGUCGCAUGGAAUGGGCUCGCCAUUAGUGCUCUUUCAAAAUGUAGCAUCUUACUACAUUCUAUUAAUCCAGAGAAGUCAAGACAUUGCCGUUAUUCAGCGGAGAAAGCUGUGAAGUUUAUAAGAGAAAAUUUAUUAGACACAGGGACAGGGCAACUCUGGCGCGUUUCUCGCGCUGGAGUAAGGGGUGAAAUUCCAGGUUUUGCAGACGACUAUGCUUAUCUUACGGCUGGGCUGAUCAAACUAUACGAAGCUACCUUUGACGACAUCCAUCUGCAGCUAGCCGAGCAUCUCCAACAAUAUUUGAACAAAUAUUUCCUUGCUUUAGGUUCUGAUGGAACGACACCGGCUGGCUACUAUAUGAGUCUAGAACGUAUGCCUGGGGAUGUUCCAGGUCCGCUUUUUCGUCUCAAACCUGGCACUGACGCUGCGACCCCGUCUAUUAACGGAGUGAUUGCACAAAACCUCCUCCGGCUCUCCUCGCUGCUCGGAGAUAAUUCGUAUCGACUCCUUGCUAAGCAAACCUGCAGUGCUUUUGUUGCGGAGAUUAUGCAGCACCCUUUUCUUUUUGUAGGUCUAUUGGAUGCAAUUGUUGGCCUGGAGGUAGCCGAGAAAAUCGUGGUUGGGGUAAUUGGGCAGGACGAUGAACCACCUGAGAAUCACCAGGGGACAGGAAUGGAAAUACCGCUAUCCGAUGGCCCGAACGAGGUAGCUCUGCUUCGAAGAAUGCGCAAUGAAGCAAGCUUCGGUACCGCUACCAGUACGACGGUUGUUGCGCUGGUUGAUCUACGGGAUGGUGAGGCUAGGGUGGCCAACUCAACUUGGCUCAGACAGCGAAAUUCUUUACUUAAAGAUAUUCCUAUUGGGAGGAAUUUUUUGCUGGUAUGUGAUUCGGGUGCAUGCCGAACAGUUGAUAUAUCAACAGUGCUUUGA